AUGGGAAAGUUGCCCAAAAAUUUUGCACUUCUUAAACGAAGCGAAAACCAACGAAUUUCUAGACGCCGUUUACAGGAAAAUUCGUCAUUUUCUUCUAAUGUGUCUUCUGGUGAAGAUGACAAGAAGGAAUUGUUGGAUGAUAUUGUUACAGAUUGGAAAGAUUCUGAUUGGGCGCCUUCAAUUUCAGCUGUUUUUAAAAUUCUUUUUUCAAUCCGUCUUUCAGCAUCACUUUGGAGUAUAAUUUCUGAUUGUGACGAAGUAUAUAAUUAUUGGGAACCUUUACAUCUUGUUUUGUUUAAACGUGGAUUUCAAACCUGGGAAUAUUCUCCUCUUUACGGAAUUCGUUCUUGGUUAUAUAUUCUUUUAUAUGCUGGCCCAGCCAAAUUUUUAAUAAAAAUUUUUCCAGAAUCUAAGGUUGCACUUUUCUUUUCCCUUCGUUUUCUUAUUAGCUUUUUUACUUUAUUUUCUGAAUUAUUUUUAUAUCGAGCUAUUUGUCAAAGAAUUUCGAAUUCAAUUGGAAGAACAUUUAUUUUAUUUAGCACAUUUUCUAGUGCAAUGUUUGGAGCUAGUUGUGCUUUUUUACCUUCUUCAUUUAGCAUGUCUUUAAAUGCUUGUGCUUCUGCUUUUUAUUUAUUUGAAUAUUGGUCACUUUCAAUUUUUUGUACGGCUAUUAGUGCUUUAAUUGGUUGGCCUUUUUCUGCAAUUCUUGGAUUACCUAUUGUAAUAGAAAUGUUAAUAAUUAGAAAAAGAAAAUUAGCUUUAAAAUUUUUAUUUUAUUCAAUUCUUUUUGGAGUAUCAAUUUGUUUAUUACUUUUUGUUGUUGAUACACAUUUCUUUGGAAGGCCUGUUCUAGCACCUUUAAAUAUUAUUUUUUAUAAUAUAUUUUCGAGUAAUGGGCCAAAUCUUUAUGGAAAAGAACCAAUUUCUUUUUAUUUAAAAAAUUUGUUUUUAAAUUUUAAUAUUGCUUUUAUUUUGGCUAUUUUUGCAAUUCCAUUUUGUUUAUUAUUUUUAAUUGCUCAAAAAAUAAAUGAAGAAAAAUACAAAAAAGAAGACAAAACAAUAUUAUUUAAAAAUUAUUUUGAAAGUAAAAUUUAUUUAUUUAUUAAAAACAUUUUUAUUUUAUUACAAGAUAAUCCUUUAAAACAAUGGGAAAGAUUUAGACCUUUAAUUUUUCUUUCAAUGUCGGCAAUUGUUUGGAUGUUAAUUUUUAUGUUACAGCCACAUAAAGAGGAACGUUUUCUCUUUCCAAUUUAUCCACAUAUUUGUUUAUUGGCAGCUUUUUGUUUGGAUUGUUUGUAUAGAUUAUUAAAUAAAACAAAAUUGGCAACAACAUUUUGUAUUGCUAUUUUAAUUAUUUUUGUUAUUGCAAGUUUUUCGCGAAUUGCUGCUUUACACAGAAAUUACUCUGGAUUGCUGGAUAUUUACAAAGAUUUUAAUAAUAAAAUAUCUUCUGAUAAAAGUUUAAUACAAAAUACAACAGAAAUAUUGCCAAUAAGAGUUUGCAUUGGAAAAGAAUGGCAUCGUUUUCCUUCUUCUUUCUUUUUGCCAGAAAGUGGAAGAAAUUUUAGUGAAGUAGAAAUGCGUUUUAUUCGCAGCGAAUUUCGGGCUCUUUUACCAGAUAUUUUCCCAAAAGGGUCAACAUUAUCAGAAAUUACAAGGCAAAUACCAAUUCAUCAAAAUGAUGAGAAUCGAGAGCAAUUAGAGAGAUAUGUGCCUCUAGAAUCUUGCAAUUUUCUGAUUGAUUUGGUUGGAAUGGAACCGACAGAACUAGAACCAGACUAUUCAAAAAUGGUGGGUAAAAUAAUAAUUAAAAAAUAA